CCCGCCCGGGCCGGACGCCGAUCCGGCCCCGUGUCCGUUGGGUUGGCGCAACCCGACCAAACAACCGCCCCGCCUUUUUGGCCAGCCGUUCGGCGCCCUCCGCUCCCAAGUCCCUCCCUCCCCACUCGCCCCACGUCUCCUCUGUCGCUGCGAUCGGGAGGAGGGAAAAGCGGAUGAUGCUCCAGCGAAGCGAGCAGCAGCGUCGCCUCGGCCUCGCCAUGGAGAGGCCUCUCGACAGCUACUCCUCCGUCAAGGACGUCACCUACAGCUGCGGGUACUGCGGCUACGCGCUGAACCUGAGCUCCUCGGCGCGGGACACGGCGGGCAUCGGCUCCAAGUACCGCAAGCAGAUCAAGAAGGGCGUCGUCGCCUUCGUCGCCGUCGACGAGGGCCGCUUCACGCUCGCCGACGAGGUCGCCUGCAUGCCCUACUUCCGCUCCAGCCGCGCGUGGGGCCUCUUCAGGAGGCGGUCGCGCCUGCUCUGCCGCAAGUGCGGCGGCCGCAUCGGCGACGCCUACGAGGACGAAGACAGGGACUCCGGCCUCAGCGACGGCGACGCCUUCUCGGAUGACCUGCGCGCGAGCUCCGGCUCGGGCGGCAGCAGCGCGUCGAGCCAGAGGAACUACGUGAUCAAGAUCAGCGCGCUGCAGCCGUCGUCGGAGGAUUCUGAUGCUGUUUCCUUCACACUAUGAUGAAGAUAGCGCCGGGUUGCUGCAGGGUGCUCUUCUUCCAGCUUGGUUGAAUUCGAAUUUGGUGCAAUCUGGGAUGUGAAUUUGUGAGUGCAGGAGAAGAUACAGCAAGAAAGAGCUUGGCACAGCUAAGAAUUUUUCAGAGGGUAACCAUCUGCAUGCUGCUUUCAGACGUCUUGCUGUCUGUAGUGCUUUCCAUUUCCUCUGCACAUUUGUGAAAUGUACAGCGACAUGAUGGUUGUUGAAUUUUGCUUGGUAUUAGGAAGUGGUUAGGUUUUCUAUGCGCCAGUUGAUCCCAUAGAAUUUGUUUGUACUGUGUCAUGACUCAUGAUCCACCACGGUUGCAAUUUUGAGUAGUGUUGCUUCAUGUGUCAACUGUUAAGAUUUUUUGCUUUAUAGUUAUUUUGGGUUCUGGAAAA